AUGUACUCUGCCACCAGCCCGACUCCCCUCCUCGCUCUGGCUUCUUGGCCGUCUUCCGCCACCAAAUCAAUCAAACGACCAUCAUCCAGGAAGCCCUCGUCUUCAGCGAAGCUCCAAUCAGCCCCCCGCAAAUGUCGAGCGCUGCUUACGCGCAUCGUGUAUCUCCUAUACGUGGGCGAGAACUUCAACACACAAGAGGCUACUACUCUCUUGUUCGGCGCUACUAAGCUAUUCCAGCCUAAAGAUAGCGCCCUGCGGCAGGCGGUAUACCUGACCAUUAAGGAACUCGCAACGACCACGGAAAAUGUCAUAAGGCUACCGAGCAGCAUCCAAAAAGACAUGCAACCCAACGCGGAGGUUAUCUAUCGGCCCAAUGCCAUUCGGGCCCUUUGCCAUAUCAUCGACCCUUCUAUGGCUCAAGGUGUCCAACGGUUUUUCAAAGCUGUCAUCGUCGACCGAAACCCUUCCAUUUCAUCUGCUUCGUUGAUCUUGUUCUCCCACUGUCUUCUCCCAAGCCUGUUCUUCAAUUCUCCGCUACUUGAACGCUUGCUGCUCUCUCGCCGUCACCCAUCCGCCGCUUGCAAUGUUGAUCUCGAAAGUCUCAUCGCAGACCAGAACCGCAGCGUUGCUACCUAUGACAUCACUACUACUCUGCUCCAGACUGGUCACGAAGCCUCUGUCGACUGUCUCAUCAAACAGAUGAUUACCAGCUUCAUGUCCGAAAUCCGCAAAUCAUUGUCGGCGCCGUCCGCUCUCUUUUGCCACGCAAUCCCUGCCAAGCACGCCGCUAUACCCAAUUUCCUUUCUGGUGUCCUUCGCGACGAGGGUGGCUAUGGUUUUAAACGAGUAAGCGCUGUCGCAUCGCCGCGAGGUCAUUGGGGAUUGCGAGUUUACAAAACUCUCUAUUCGCAUCCUUUACUUGCUCGGUCUCAAGGGGCCCAAAGCUUCCCAACCCGCCAAAUUCAUUCGUUUCAUCUGCUAUCGCGUUGUCCUGGAAAUGCGGCCGUGCGAGCUGCCGCUGUGUCCAGCUUGGCCAAAUUUGGCCUCAAUUUCAACCGCGAGGCCCUUAACCAAAGUGUUGGUGUCCUUUCUAGACGAUGUCUUGAUGACGUCGAUGAUGAAGUUCGCGACCGUGCUGCUAUGUACCUCAAGGUAUUCAGGAAGCAAACCCUUGCCGAACCACACGUGAAGGAUGGUUUGUCUUUGGCUGCUUUGGAGUCGAAGCAUGUUGCCUACGUCAAGGAUUCUGCUGCUUCUGCACAAGCGUUUGAAGUUUCUGGUACUCCUCAAGAUCAGCCAUGCUCAAACCACCGCCGGCGAGGUUGCCCGACCCAGCUCAUUGGAUAA